AUGGAGCGAGGAGGUAAGGGGGGGGACACCAUCAACCAGCGAAUCCAGCAGCCAGAGGCAGAAAUGGGCAUCCGAGAGAUGGAGAUCUCGGGCCACAAGGUCAUCAUCCACGAGCGCGACGACUCCAGCGACCCCUCCACCGGCCGCGCCCUCACCGGCUCCUGGCUCUGGGACGCCGCCAUCCACCUCGCCGAGUGGAUGGCCGCCGACGGAGGACCCCACCUUGCCGGCGCCACCGUCCUCGAGCUCGGCGCCGGGACGGGCCUCCCGGGCCUCCUCGCCGCCACCAUGGGCGCGGCCCGCGUGGUGCUCACCGACGUCGCCCCGCUCCUCCCGGGCCUCCGAGCCAGCGCGGAGGCCAACGGGUUGGGGAGCCGCGUGGAGGUGCGCGAGCUGCGGUGGGGCUCGGGCGAGCAAGCGGUGGCGGAGGCCGACGUGGUGCUGAUGUCGGACGUGUUCUACGACCCGGAGGAGAUGGGAGGGCUGGCCAGCGCGAUGAGGGCGGCGUGGGGGGAGAGCACGAGGGGGUGGGCGGCGAGCGAGGUGAGGCCCGGCGUCGGGGAGUGCUUGGAGGCGCUGAGGCGGGAGGGGUUCGACGUGGUGGAGGUGGAAGAGAGGGUGCGGCCGUUGGUGCGGGCGGAGGGAGAGACUUCGGUGUUCGCCGUGUAUCGCAUCAGGCGCGCCUAA